AUGGGAGGUACGGCCAUUGAUGCAGCAAUCGCUGGACUCCUCUGCGUGGGACUAUUGAGCAUCCACAGUGCAGGUAUAGGCGGAGGAAGCUUCAUAAUGUACUAUGACAGAGAGACCGAGACGCCGUACUUUCUUGAUUCCAGAGAAGUGGCUCCCACUCUUGCGUCCAGAGACAUGUACGAAAAUGAGAGGGAUGAUGCAUCACAGAUCGGUGGCCUUGCUAUCGCAGUCCCUGGGGAGAUAAUGGGAUACUGGGAGGCUCAUCAAAGGUUCGGUAGACUUCCUUGGAGAGACCUCUUCGGACCUUCCAUUGAACUUGCAGAGAAUGGUUUCACCGUUGGCCCGGACCUUGCAAAGACCAUGGCUAUGAAACAGUUUUCCGACCUUGCUACAAGCGACCCAGGCUUUAGUGAAAUAAUGCUAGACGAGGAUUUAAGCCUUCUGCAGGCGGGUGACACGAUGUACAGACGGAAAUUGGCCGAGACAAUGAGAGUGGUAGCCGAAGAGGGCGCCCAGGCCUUUUAUCAUGGACCUCUAGCUGCUAAAAUUGCAGCCGAGAUUCAAGAAGUCGGUGGAAUCAUUAGUGUGGCUGAUCUUAAUCAGUAUCACGUAGCCGUGAAAGAACCUCUAAGCAUAGACAUCAAUGGUUUGACGGCAUAUGUCUGUCCACCGCCGUGCAGUGGGGCGGUGUUUUCUCUAAUCAUGAACAUACUAGAAGGUUAUGGAUUUACUGCUGAAAGCCGGAGAUCUGUCCAAAACGAAACACUGACCUACCAUCGAAUCAUCGAGGCGUUCAAGUUUGCCUUUGCCAAGAGGAGUGCUUUGGGUGACGAAGACUUUGUAGAUGUCGAAGAUCUUGUAGCAACGUUGACGUCUCAAGAUUAUGCAGAUAGCAUCCGUGAACGGAUAACCGAUGAUCGUACCCACGAUACAGAAUAUUACGAACCGUCAUUUCAAUUCGUCAAUGACCACGGUACUUCACACAUCGCAGUGGUAGACGCCUUCGGAAAUGCUGCUUCGAUCACCAGUACGAUUAACACAUUUUUUGGUUCGACUGUUCGAGGUUCUCAAACGGGAAUCUUGUAUAACAAUGAGAUGGACGACUUCUCCAAGCCUGGGGUACCUAACUUCUUUGGACUGCCGCCCUCACCGUCAAACUUCAUUGAGCCUGGAAAGCGACCAAUGUCGUCAAUGACUCCUGUCAUAGUCGUGGAUGACGAUGGAGAUGUUGAGUUGGUGGUUGGUGCAGCAGGAGGAACAACCAUCACCACGGCAACAAGUCUGAUGACAAUGGAGGAUCUUUGGUUCGAGUCAACUCUUGCAUGUGGAGGAAACAGAAGUCGUAUUCAUCAGCAGCUUCUUCCCAGUCAAACAUUCUAUGAGCCAGGAUUCAACAAGGGCGUUGUCGAUGGUCUCACCGAGAAAGGUCAAGACAUGCAGAAGAUUGGAGGCGUCUAUGCUAUCGCCCAAGCUAUCGCCCGUUUGGAUGAUGGUCAGCUAGAAGCUUACUCAGAUACACGAAGAGAUGGAAUACCUGACGGAUACUAGACAUGCUAGACGAGGAUGAUCUUUGUGAUUUUGACCAUACAUAGCUUGGGGGGGGGGUAAGGCGAAGGUACUCUUUUCUCAUUCGGAAGUAUGUGUGACAGUAAUUAUUUAACAUGAUUAUUCAUCACUCUAUUAUUCUACUACCAAUUAUUGCAGCCUACUAGGUCUAGAUAACAUAGCUAAUGUCGAAAUCGUAAGAGUCGCAUAUAAUAAUCAUGUUAAUUAAUGUACAUUUCCAGGGGCGGAUCCA